AUGGAGCUGCAGGGGACCAGCCUGAGCCUCCUCAUCCUUCUUCAGUGUGCACUGGGCGGUGCUGUAUCUGGUCCCAGAGACCUGCGCUGCUACCGAGUGGAGAGCAAAGGCCAUUAUCAGUGCUCCUGGGAGUAUGAGGGAACUCUUGCUGGGGUCAGCCACUUCCUGAGGGGCUGUGUCAGCUCCAGGAGCUGCUGCCACUUUGCAGCGGGCUCGGCCACCCUGGUGCAGUUCACCGACCAGGACAUCAAUGUGCUGUCCAAUGUCACACUCUGGGUGGAAUCCCGGCUGGAGAACAGGACCGAAAAGUCGCCGGAAAUAACCCUGAAUCUCUACAACUGGGUUCUCUUCGACCCUCCCCCGAGGAAGAUAGACGUGAUCGGCUCUGCGGGGCAACUGCACGUGGCGUGGCAGACCCCCCAGAUUGGCGCAGAAGUGCAGUUCCGACGGAGGACCCCCAGCAGCGCUUGGAAGUGGGGUGACUGUGGACCCCAGAGGGAUGGUCCCUCAGAGUCCUGUCUGUGUCCCUGGGAGAAGGACGUGGCCCAGGAGAUCCAGUUCCGGCGCAGGCGUCUUGAGUCAGGAGCCCCAGGAGGUCCAUGGAGUAGCUGGAGUGACCCAGCGUGCUUUCCGCCAGAAACUGUCCCCCUGCCUGAAGUGCAGUUCUUAGAGAAGCCACUGGGCAGCAAUGGGAAGCGGCAGGUCACCAUACACGGGCAGCUGCCGCAGAUGGAACAUCCUGAGGGCUGUGCUGAAGCCACACUGGUAAACUACACUGUCCAUGUGCACAUGGUAUCCUGCUGCUGUGAAGCGAGCAUCAGUAGGAGGGUGCGCAGGGCCACACUGGAGCUCUCUGGAGCUGCCUACCGCCUGCGCGUGCUGUCCCACAGCCGCUUCGGCUCAGGACCCAACCAGACCUGGCACAUCCCUGCCCGGGACCUCCCAGGUCUAGGGACCCUGAACAUCAGUGUGGAAGGCAACACGACUUCCCUGCAUUGGGCGACCCAUGCUCUGCAUGCCUCCUACUGCAUUGAGUGGCAGCUGCAGAGCCAGCAGAGCCAUGCCAACUGCACCUUUGUGGUGCCCCAUGAUGGGGACCCAGUCAGAACAGCGACCCACAGCUGGAGCUGGGCAUCGGGGGCACUGGGGCGGGAGGAGUGCUACCGCAUGGCCGUCUUUGCCGCACUACGUCCCAAGAAGCUCAUGUCAUGGUCAACAGUCCUUACUGCUUACUACUUUGGGGGCAACGCCUCAGAGUCCGGGAUCCCACACCACGUCUCAGUGAAGAAUCACAGCAAAGAUUCCGUGUCUGUGGAGUGGUCACCGUCCAUGCUGGGCACCUGCCCCGGGGUCCUGAGACAGUAUGUCUUACGCUGCCGAGACGAGGACAGCAAGCAGGUGACAGAGCGGCUCCUGCCACCCACGCAGACCCGCGUCACCCUGCGGCACCUGCGCGGGGGCACGCUCUACUCCGUGCAGGUGCGCGCAGACGCUGCCUGGCGACCCGGCGCCUGGAGCUCCCCGCAGCGCUUCCGCCUGGAGGUGCAGAUCUCCCACUGGUCAGUCCUCUUCACAUGUCUGGGCAGCUUCGUGAGCGUCCUCCUUUUGGGUAGCCUCGGAUACCUGGGUCUCAACAGGGCCGUCUGGCACCUGUGCCCACCCCUGCCCACACCCUGCGGCAGCUCAGCUGUAGAGUUCCCUCGCAGCCAGUGCAAGCAGACUUGGCAGUGGACCAGGCCAGGGGACUUUCCUGAGGUGCUGUCCCAACAAGAGACCUUUGUGGUGGAGAUGACCUUGGAUAAAGAAUUGCCCCAGGAUACCCCUGAGCCAGCCUUGAACACAGAACCGUUUUUGGAUGAUCAGAGACAGGACCAAGGACAAAUGGACAGCAGCCCGACGGCGGCAUUCAUGCAAGGCUGGAGACCCUGGGACCUAGCGAGCUGAUGCAGAGCCAGGCCCGUCCACUGAUGACAGCCCCCACGAGGACCAGUUAGGUGCCUACUGUAUAACCAGCCGUGGUCAACUGGCCCCAGUGGCCAUGCCCGAGGUCACCUGUCAUCCAUCGGCCUCUGUCCUAGAGCCUGGGUGACUGGAGCCCUCCUUGGCCCCCACUUCCUCCUUUGUGAUCCCACACUUCCUCCUGUGUCCCCCUUCCUCCUGUGCCCCUCACUUCCUCCUGUGUCCCCCCUUCCUCCUGUGCUGGGCUCAGG